AUGCAUGAGCGACCGGCCGUCGUCACGUUGCGAAACCCAUUCCGCAACGUUGCCUCGUCUCGACCAAUGACAGAGACGAUGGCGGAUGGGGCGACGGUGAUUUGCGGACGGCGUGCCAGCGACCUUGCGGCCCUGGGAGCCAGCUGGAAGUACUGCAGCAGCACUGAACACCUAAUCACUCCUCUGAUCAACCUGUCUACUCGCCCUCGCCCUCGCCCGCCCACCCACCGAUCGCCAUCGGCAGGCAAUUCGCACCACGCAGCCGCCGACGGCUCACCACCUGAUGCUCCAUGUACCGGAUGGGCAAUGAAUGGGUGGGUGAUCUGUUAUUCGGCUCACGUCAGCGCCGGCCGGCACGCCCCUACCCUUGUAUGCGAUUGUUGGCCGCCGAUGGACGCGCUUGCCACUGGUCUGUCGAUGACCAACCGACGACGGAUCCUUGUCACAUCAGGGGUCAUCGUAAUUUCACCGUCGGUCAGAACCGUCAGUGAUCGCGCGACACGUCGCAAAGGUGGUCUUUGCGUCGAGUCAUGUUCAGUCGAUCGACCACCUGUCACUUUUCAUCCUUCGCUCCAAGUGGCACGUUUCGACAGGUGA